ACUGAGAACCUCAGCCAGAGUCUAGGAGCCCCCAGUGCAAGGAGCAAAAGAGACCCUCUUCUGCUGGCCUGAGAAUACAAGUCUCCACUUUGGUUCAGUCCUCUGUCUCUAUGCUCAUGGGACAAUGAACCAGAAGACCACCCUCGUGCUCCUGGCUCUGGCUGCCAUCACCAUCUUUGCCCUGGUGUGUGUCUUACUAGCUGGCAGGGGAGGAGAUGGUGGUGAACACAGCCGGCCUCCCCUCUGCCCCUCCGUAUCACCAAGUGCCCAGCCCUGGACACACCCUGGCCAGAGCCAGCUGUUUGCAGACCUGAGCCGAGAAGAGCUGACGGCUGUGAUGAGCUUUCUGACCCAGAAGCUGGGACCAGGCCUGGUGGAUGCAGCUCAGGCCCAACCCUCAGACAACUGCAUCUUCUCGGUAGAGCUGGAGCUGCCCCCCAAGGCUGCAGCCCUGGCCCACCUGGACAGGGGGAGCCCCCCGCCUGCCCGGGAGGCACUGGCCAUCGUCUUCUUUGGUGGACAACCCCAGCCCAAUGUGACUGAGCUGCUGGUGGGGCCGCUGCCGCACCCCUCCUACCUGCGGGAUGUGACUGUGGAGCGUCACGGGGGCCCCCUGCCCUAUCACCGACGCCCCGUGCUGGGAACUGAGUCUGCCCAGAUGUGGAAGCAUUUGAAAGAGGUGGAGCUCCCCAAGGCACCAGUCUUCCUGGCGUCUGUCUUCAACUACAGUGGCUCCACUUUGGCAGCUCUGCACGCCACCCCUCGUGGCUUGCGCUCAGGAGACCGUGCUACCUGGAUAGCCCUCUACCAUAACAUCUCAGGUGUUGGGAUUUUCCUGCACCCUGUGGGGCUCGAGCUACUGCUGGACCACCGGGCCCUGGACCCUGCCCGCUGGGCUGUCCAGCAGGUCUUCUACCUUGGGCACUACUAUGCAGACUUGGGUCAGUUGGAAUGGGAGUUUAAGGCUGGCCGGCUGGAAGUGGUUAGAGUUCCUCUACCCCUGCCAGUUGGGGCCUCAUCGCUGCGCUCGCGGGUCUCCCCAGGUCCUCUUCCCCCUCUUCAGUUCUCACCUCAGGGCUCCCGGUACAGUGUGCAAGGGCACCGAGUGGCGUCGUCCCUUUGGACGUUUACCUUUGGCCAUGGCCCUAAAUUCGGAGCUUUCAGUGGGCCAAGGAUCUUUGACAUCCGAUACCAGGGAGAACGGCUGGCUUAUGAGAUCAGCCUCCAAGAGGCCUUGGCUGUCUAUGGUGGAAAUUCCCCAGCAGCAAUGCUGACCCACUAUAUGGAUGGCAGCUUUGGCAUGGGCAAGUACUCCACACCCCUGACCCGUGGGGUGGACUGCCCCUAUCUGGCCACCUACGUGGACUGGCACUUCCUUUUGGAGUCCCGAGCCCCCAAGACACUACCUGAUGCCUUUUGUGUGUUUGAGCAGAACCGGGGCCUGCCCCUGAGGCGACACCACUCAGAUUUUCAUUCCCACUAUUUUGGGGGCCUUGUGGAGACAGUGCUGGUCUUCAGAUCUGUGUCGACCUUGCUCAACUACGACUACGUGUGGGAUAUGGUCUUGCACCCCAAUGGGGCCAUCGAAGUCAAAUUCCACGCCACAGGCUACAUCAGCUCGGUGUUCCUCUUUGGUGCCGCCCGAAGAUACGGAAACCAGGUUGGGAAGCACACUCUGGGCACGGUCCACACCCACAGUGCCCACUUCAAGGUGGAUCUGGACGUGGGAGGACUGGAGAACUGGGUCUGGGCUGAGGACAUGGCUUUUGUCCCUACGGCGGUACCCUGGAGCCCCAAGCACCAGAUACAGAGGCUGCAGGUGACCCGGAAGCUGCUGGAGACGGAGGAGCAGGCCGCCUUCCCCCUGGGAGGUCCCUCCCCUCGCUACCUGUACCUGGCCAGCAAUCACAGCAACAAGUGGGGGCACCCGAGGGGCUACCGCAUCCAGACAGUCAGCUUUGCUGGGGAGCCCCUGCCCCAGAACAGCUCCCUGGAGAGAGCCUUGAGCUGGGCAAGGUACCAGCUGGCUGUGACCCAGCGGAAGGAGGCGGAGCCCCGCAGCAGCAGCAUCUUCAACCAGAAUGACCCCUGGGCCCCCACCGUGGACUUUGCUGACUUCAUCAACAAUGAGACCAUAGCUGGAGAGGACUUGGUGGCCUGGGUGACAGCCGGUUUCCUGCACAUCCCCCACGCAGAGGACAUUCCCAACACAGUGACUGUGGGGAACGGCGUGGGCUUCUUCCUCCGACCCUACAACUUCUUUGACCAGGACCCCUCCUUCGAUUCUGCUGACUCCGUCUACUUCCAGGAGGACCAGGAUGCUGGGACCUGUGAGGUCAACCGCCUGGCUUGCCUCCCCCAGGCUGCGGCCUGUGCCCCCCACCUCCCUGCCUUCUCCCACCCGGGCUUCUCCCACAACUAGGUGGUUCCUGGGAUGGGGAAUAUAGUUGGGACCCCAGGGCCGGGGAGUGUGUGGAGGGGAGGGGAUGGGCGCUGGAUGGGGCAGCCUAUGUCUUCUCCCUCCUCACAUCCCGGGGGGUCUUCUUUCUCCCAUUGUCCUCCCUUCCCUCCCCCUCCCUUCUGGGAGCAUCCUGAGUCUGUGAUGCCUGACACACGGGGCUCUCAGCGCUGUUGACCCCAGACCUGCUAAGUUCCUCUUGCAGAGAGGAAAGGAAUGGCCAGCCAGGAGCUUGGAGUCAUGGUUAAACUUUCCAGAAGACUCCUGUUUUUGGUGUUUUUUGUUUUGUUUCCUUUUAUUUUUGCUUUCUGGGUUUCCCAAAUCUUCUUAGCCAUCCCAGGUUUCUCUUGAGACUCCUCAGUCCUCACUUGGGAGGUGAGGAUGGGGGCUCUGCUAUGGGGAUAACCGCCAGGAGACCCUGGGGCAGGGUUCCUGCCAGGCCCGUGAAUCUACGAAUCAAGCUGGAAGGGGCUCUUUGGCCCAUGUUUCCAGCCUAGCCUCCUCCUCCUUCUCUCUUUCUCCCCUCUUGCCUAGCCUCCUCCUGUUCCUACCUGUUCUUAUAUCCUGGGAUUUCCCUCCCAGCCCUGAGGGGAUGUUACUCAGCCCUCAUUUCUCACCUCUGGUCUCCUCUCCUGGUUCUAGGCCUGUGGAAGUCUCAAAUGCAAGGGACAUCUAGUUUGAGAGGACAAUCCCCGUCUGUGUCCCUGUGUCUGGGAGCUGCCCCUACCCCCAGUCCUGGGGCAGGAAGUGUUUCCCCACAGUUCUUUCUGUCCAUUUGUAUAAACCCGCGUUGCAUUCUCUGGCAGAGGAUGGUCACGGAGACAGCAGCAGCUCAAGUUAGCGCUUUAGAUGGCUUUGCGGGUGCAGUGGUAAUGAGGAGUGGUCAUUUUGUGCCAAGUCUGCGCGUGACCAGCGCCCUGUGUGCUCUGCAGUAGCCAAUAUGGGAGGCUGGGUGGACACCAAGGAUGAGAAGCAGGAAGACCAGGGACUCCAGUCAUAGGGCCAGGGGUUCAAUCACGUGUGAGCAUGCAAAUGAGCCAAGGCCUCUGGGGGUGGAGCCUCCCUGGCAGGCUGUCCCUGUGGAGGGGUGGGUGGGAGCAGUCUGGACUGGGGGUCCCUCUACAAAUAGCCAGAGAUGGGAAGCAGCAGAACUGUCGUCCCUAGAAGACUGAUUAAAUAAAUUCUGAUGCAGCCUUACAAAGCAAUACUACACAGCUGUAAAACUAAUUAUAUCUCUUUAUAGGGAAUAAUCUUCCAAUGAACAAGGAAAGACACAGAAGUGUGUAUAGGGCACUUCCAUUUGGGUUUUACAGGGAAGGAUCAUAUAAAUACAUAUUUUCAUAUCUUAUAGAUGCAUAUUCGGAAGACACGGGUAACACUGGUUGCCUCUGUGGAGGGGAACCAGGAAGUUGGGACAGAGGAGGGAGGAGACUUAGUACUAUAUACCCUUUUGUACAUUUGAAUUUUGAACCAUGUGACUGUAUUAUCUAUUCAUUUAUUAUUAUUCAAAUAAUAAAUGGGC